UGUCCAUUCCAACAAGUUCUGAAAUAUCAAAAUGGAUUUAGAGAAAAAUUACCCGACUCCUCGGACCGGCAGGACAGGACAUGGAGGAGUGAAUCAGCUUGGGGGGGUUUUUGUGAAUGGACGGCCACUCCCGGAUGUAGUCCGCCAAAGGAUAGUGGAACUUGCUCAUCAAGGUGUCAGGCCCUGCGACAUCUCCAGGCAGCUUCGGGUCAGCCAUGGUUGUGUCAGCAAAAUUCUUGGCAGGUAUUAUGAGACAGGAAGCAUUAAGCCGGGGGUAAUUGGAGGAUCCAAACCAAAGGUUGCCACUCCCAAAGUGGUGGAAAAAAUUGCUGAGUAUAAACGCCAAAAUCCCACCAUGUUUGCCUGGGAGAUCAGGGACCGGCUGCUGGCAGAGAGAGUUUGUGACAAUGACACAGUGCCUAGCGUCAGUUCCAUCAACAGGAUCAUCAGGACAAAAGUACAGCAGCCCCCCAACCAGCCAGUCCCAGCUUCCAGUCACAGCAUAGUGUCCACAGGCUCUGUGACACAGGUGUCAUCUGUGAGCACGGACUCAGCUGGCUCUUCAUACUCCAUCAGUGGCAUCCUGGGCAUUACGUCCCCCAGUGCCGACACCAACAAGCGCAAGAGAGAUGAAGGUAUUCAGGAGUCUCCAGUGCCGAAUGGUCACUCCCUUCCGGGCAGAGAUUUCCUGCGGAAGCAGAUGAGAGGAGACCUGUUCACACAGCAGCAGCUGGAGGUGCUAGACCGAGUGUUUGAGAGGCAGCACUACUCAGACAUCUUCACCACCACGGAGCCCAUCAAGCCUGAGCAGACCACUGAGUACUCAGCCAUGGCCUCGUUGGCUGGAGGGCUGGACGACAUGAAGGCCAACCUGACCAGCCCCACCCCUGCCGACAUUGGGAGCAGUGUGCCAGGUCCACAGUCCUACCCUAUUGUGACAGGCCGCGACUUGGCAAGCACGACCCUCCCCGGGUACCCUCCGCACGUCCCCCCCGCCGGACAGGGCAGCUACUCAGCGCCUACGCUGACAGGGAUGGUGCCUGGGAGUGAGUUUUCUGGAAGUCCCUACAGCCACCCUCAGUAUUCUUCAUACAAUGACUCCUGGAGGUUCCCCAACCCAGGGCUGCUUGGCUCCCCCUACUAUUACAGCGCCGCUGCCCGAGGAGCUGCCCCACCUGCAGCUGCCACUGCCUAUGACCGUCACUGACCCUUGGAGCCAGGCAGGCGCCAAGCACUUAUGACACAUAUCAUUAAGGGAGAUAGCCUCCCAGCACCCCCAAGACGGCCAUGGGGGUGUUCAACAAGACCGUCCCCCAGCAACUCCUUCACUCACCUGAAACUCCUUCCCCCUUUCCUGCCAGGGAUGCAGGUUCCCUGGUAGGGCUGUUGACUGAUGGACCCUUGUCCAUUUCAAGAGUCAAUCGACAACAGUGGUGACAGGGUCUCUGCAAACCAACAGAAUGCUCUGCAGACCACUGCAGCCUGGCACAGCCUGCCAGACCCCACUGUCUGACUACCUGUGCCUCUUGGCCAUGCAGCUUGGGAAGGAGAGCCAGCUUUUGUUACUUCAGCAGCACCCGUGUAAAUACUUUCCUGCUGGUCUGUGGGCCUGAAAGUCUGACUUAGCAGAUUGCCCACCCCACAAUGCAUCUUACACUCACAGUGCAUCACAGGACACCUGUGUGAAGAAUUUCCCCUCUGCCCUGGGUGUCCCCGUCACAUGAGCUCAAAGCUGUCCUUGAGAUCGAGGAUGCCCACACCUGGACCCCAGGCUCCUGCUCAACCCUACUGCUCUGACAUCUUGACUGGGAGUCUCAUUGGGCAGGUUGUGCUGUGAGCUGCCCCUGAGACUCCUCCAGGAAGAAAGCACUUUGGGGAGAUGCCCUGGCUUCUUAUCUCUGUUUCCUUGUGGCCACUGCAGUGUGAACAGCUUUUUUUUUCCAGAUCAGAGGACUCAAAAGAGAACUGCCUGGGAGAUUCUUCAGCUGCUGUUCUAAAGUAAGAAAUCAUCCAAGUGUUGAUUGCAUUGUGGACUUUGAAUGUCAUAGCUGAGUAGGAUCAGAAGAUCAUCUGAUCCAGGCCAGGGAGGAGCCUGAGCUCUCCUGAACCCUUCAGCCCCUGGAACCACUGAACUGAACUGGAAUGUUUUCAGAUGCAUGUCCAGGUUCAUAUCAUUUGGGAAAUCCACCAUGGACAUCUCACCCACCCUCCAAGACCCCAGAAAGUAGAUUCUGAGCAAAUCUGUCCCAGCGAUAUAGACAAUGACUAGCAAAAUGGACUUUCCCCUGUAUCGAGGACCACAGCAUCCUACAUCGGUCAGCUAAAACUCCUGAGCUUCCUCUUGGGGUAGCCCUCUCCAUCCUCACAGAGUUGGGCCUGUGGCUGGGCACAGAGGUGCUGGGGUUGGGAACACUUGCUUAACUUCACACAGUGCAGAUUCACCUAUUGAUACCUGGGAUGGUCAGGAGCUCAGAGAGGGAGUGUGGAGGGACUCAGUGUGGGCUAGGUUGGUCUGAGGAAGCCAGCUGAGAAGGCCUCCUAGGGAGGGGCAGAACAAGCAAUGCAAAACUGGUGUGUGACCUGGGAGUGGUUUUGAGAUGGGGUGCCAGGUGCCACCAUCUUUCUACCUGGGGUCUCAGUCCCCUACAGGGUCUCUCUUGCCAAAUCGGAACAACCAGAUGGAGCCCCCAUCCGAACCGGGGCUGAGUCAAAGCAAUGACGGCAGGCUUGGUCAUCUCAUAUGACAGUGUCCGUGGUGUCUGGCAGAGAACUAGGGUAGAAAGAGCCUGACCUUGGGAUCGUCAGGCCUGGCAGUUUUUGUCCUGGCUGUACCUCUGCUUUACUGUAGAUCUCAGACAAGACCCUUAAGUCUUUGUCUCAGCUACUUUGAUACAGCGGGAUCACCAGACCGCUUUUUCCUUCUCUUCUUCCCAGAGAGCUGGUCUAUGACAGGGUAACUUGGGGAAGGCUUUCUACUUCUGAACAAGCAUUUAGAGUGGGCACCCGAGACCUGCUAAUGUUUGGCUCAAGCAAGAAACAAGAAUACCUUGAGAGGUGGGAAUCAGAAGCACCUUGGGCAAAGACCUAGUCCAGCUCCCCUAGAGGAAAUUAAGACCCAUCUUGGGGAGAAAGCAGGCCUCUUCUGGUCACCUUUAAGUGUUUUUGGCCCUCAACAUCCCCACAGGGUAGAGGGGCAGAAGAUACCGAGUAUCAGCAAAGCGGAGUCCCCUCACAGGGAUGAGCUGCGACUUGAGCCCCCGCCUCCUAACACAUAGUGAUCCGCAUCACCCCCAUCUACACGUCUCCUUCUGCUGGGAGAGGAGUUGACAGUGAGGGCAGUGGGGGGGUUCUGGCCCCAGUGUUGCAGCCUGGGUGCCCAGGGCUGUGAGAACUGGCAGGUUGUCCCAGUCACCCAGGCCAGAAGUGAAGCCAGUGAGGUUAUGGCACGUGUGCCACUCCUAUGGACUCCGCUAGGCAAAGAAGGGUGGUAUACGGGGCCAGAGCCCACCAUGGCUGCUGAGAUAACCUGGCUCCAGCCUCUACCUGCCAGGUAAGGUAGGAGAAGGAUGUUCCUUGGUUCCUACCUUCCUGUCUGUCACAAGAUGUGGUGGGACUGAGGAUUUCAGCACAGGUUUUGGGGCCUCUGUCCCCUGCCAUCCCUGUCUGGGGAUGAAGUGCACCCACAUCUUUGGAUUCUGGCUUCUCACUGUGUGCUCAGGCUGUUAGGAGGAAGCCAGCCUCCCUUGAGCCAGCUGCCUGAGGCACACACCGUCCUCCCUCAGCAAGUCCCACCCCACGCUGGCUUCUCCCUAUCCUAUCCCUGAUUUCACCCCAUAAUGAACUCCCUUCAUGCUUCUCCUCUCUUACCUGAGGCUUGCUUGUCCUCAGAUGGGAUUUAUAUUUCUUAGACAAACAUGUGAAGCACAAGAUUACACAGAUGCACAUGGAUGUUCUCACACAUGCACAUCUGCUCUCAGAGCAGCCUGGGGGCUUGGUGCGGAGAUUUCCAAAGGACACAAGGCGUUGAGUAGAUGCCAUAGAAUUCUGAAUGGAAAGCCGGAGUCUGGGACUUCACCAGCAUGGUGGGAGGCCUGGGGGCAUUUGUCCACCAGCCUUCAGCCCUGUGUUCCAGCUCUGACUUUUUGAAAAAGGAUAUUUUCAUAUCAUUUGGAAAAAAUUUGAAGACAUAUAAAACCCACCAUCCCGUCCCCAAGGCACCAUGGUUGGGGUUAGCACUUUCAUAACUGACAUUGAAUAGGGCUUUGCAGUCCUCCACCAACUUAUGGGGCAAAGAUCACAAUGCCCAUUUUACAAACGAGGAAAUUUGAGGUUUACCAGAUAAGAUAGAGAUGAAGUGAAUUCUCAGGUCUCCGGGCUCAGUUCUGUACUGCCCCUCUGCCCCUGUGUUCCUGUCAUGAGCGUGUAUGGCUUGGAGACACCUGCCUGUCAGUCCUCCAGAAAUCCCUAGACUCACAAUGAGAAAAGAGGCUGGCUUUAUGGUAGGGCCAGAGGGGUGGUGGCCCUGCUGGUCCAGCUUGAAUCGCAUUAACACUGAGACCGGCAGACUUUGCUCAAAUUCCCACCGGCACUCAAAGCUUUCAUCCAGAGUCCCUUUCUCCUGCAUCUUGAAGCUGAGAGGGAGUCAGAGCCUGUCCAAAUUGAAACCAUGGCCCCUGGCAGGACCUGGACAUAGCCUGUCUCUGGCUCCCAGAGUUCAGAGUGCCAGUACCAUGAGCUGUCCCCUUACUCCUCUUUUCUCUGCCCUUUUCACUUUGGAACAGACUCUCACAAUAUAUAGGAGUGCCUGAGCCAGGCCCAGAAAACAGACAUCACAACUUCAAGGGCCCUGACUUAACUGCUCCCCAGCCAGGCAGCUGGCUGCCUGCCUGCCCCUGGGCAGGGCUUGAGCCAGUGUGGCAUGGUGCGGCCUGAGACCCACAAGUGUGAAAACUUUAAAAAUCGAUUCAGCCAAAAAGAAAGUACGUCUACUGGCCACAUCUGACCUGCUGGCCACCAGUUUGUGAUACCCCCACUAUCACUGUGGAUAUCUCCUUGUUCUUCAUUGAACAUUUGGGGGAGAUGGGCCCCUAGGAAGGUGAGAUGCUUCAGGUUGUCCAGGAAGGACAGGCAAAUCCAAGCCCUGCCAUCCUUCCAGGCCUCCUGGGCUCCUACAAAAUGUUCUGGCUUUAAGGGACAGAGUAGAACACAGAGGUGGUGGGUUGGGGGUAGCUACUGGCUUUUAAGGUAAGUAAGUACUGCUAGAGCCCUUUCCCAAAAGCCCCAGAUUUUGUGUGGCCUCGGCACUGGGGUGAAAUCCCUUUAUGAGGAGUCAUACUUCAGAGUGACUGGCUUGCCUUUGGCAGCCCUGGCUCUAGCCAUCCCUUUGUGAAUGACAUUUUAGCUACUAGAAUUGAGUUUCAAGCCAUGGGGAGCAAAUCCUAAAAACAAACCAAACACUCCAGACAUACCUGGAAAGAAGCUGUCUGAGAUACAUCAUCCCAGCAGGGUGGGGAAAACCCCAGGCCUCUGGAUAAGCCAGGCCCAGGCUAGAGUGAGUCAACCCCUGGGCUAGACCAGCUCCACAGAGCCCUGCCAAGAUGCUGGCUCUGAGGCCCUGGCCUUAUCACCCUACUGGAGCCUGCCUCUGAUGGUUUCCAGGAACACACACUAGUGCUCCGGAUGAAUUUAUUCCUUUAGUUCUUUGGCCUCAGAGAGGUCCAAGACAAGUGCAUUUCUUAAAAGGUAACAAAAUACAUGAUUGGAAAGUUGGACAGUCAGGCCAUGACUCCUAGCCUGCAGCCUGCCCCACCUCCUGGCAGCCCCUUCAGCCCCCUUGGCCCCUAUUGUCCCUAGACCUCAGGAUUCCCUCUUGCAUAUUCAUGAGGAAGCCACAGUGUUGAUCCACACUUCCCUGCUGUCAGAUCCAGCUGCACCUCAGGUGGCAACUGGAUCCCCAGGGGCAGGCUGCAGAGGACACAGUGAGCCCCUUGCUCAUACGCACCUGAAGAAGCUGCAGCAUCUCAAAUGGGCUGAUGGUUGGGAAUAGGCAGACAUCACUCUUUCUUUUCAUUCUCUGGUAUUUCCUUGGCACUUGGACCCUAUUUCCAGACCCCAAGGAUUGUAAGGGACCUGAGAAUCAUGUUAUUGCCAUCUGUUUGAGAGUUUCCAUCCAGGGAGUCCCAUUUAGCUCAUUGCCAAGUGGAAGGUAAACAUAGCCACCCUGCAGUAAAUCUAGACAUUCUUAUUCCUCCUGAGCAGCCCAAGGAGAAAAUAUGGCUGCCUUUCUCUUUAUGGAUUCCCAAGUGGAACUGGGCUCAGGCAAUGCCCUUGGCCUGUGGCAGGGGACACAGGGAGGCUCUAAGCAUGGUACAGGGAGAAACAAAGUGGAGGGGUCUUGGCAGUUGGUGAAACAAAGGGGAGGGGUCUUGGCAGUUGUGUGUCCCCCUCCCUGGCUCUUAGGCCUGGCUGGGGGAAGCCACACUAGCCUCACCUACCCCAACCUGGGUCUACCGACCCUGAGUCUGUGGCUACUGUGCCUCCCUUGUUCCCCAGAUCGCUAUGUCUGUGGCCAUGUCCCUCAUCUUCUCCAAAAGCACCAUUAAGAACAAGUGAUUUUGGAUGAUAGAUUUUUGAUUUACAAACGGUGCAUUUCCCUUGGAGUGGAACAGAAAGGAAACCAUUUAAUGACUCCCUUAUUUUCAAGCAUGAAUACAUUUUAAUGAAACUAUUUUAUUGUAUUUGAGGAAAUGGAGAGUUGAACAUUCCAACCAAUCAAUAGCCAAUUAAUUGCUAUAAAGCUAAAAAGAAAAUAAAUAAAUCUCAAGCCUAUCUUAAACACCCUGCAAAGCUCAGAGCCUCAGAACCUGGCCUUCACCUUCACAAUGCGUGCACAUGAAGGUGUGCACAGGGCACACACCCUCCUACACUUUGGGAUUACUUAAAACUCAGAAAAAGUGCUGAGUCUCCUCAUGCCAACUCUUGCCUGCUGUCCUUACCUUUGGUCACAGAAAGCGAGCGUAUCUGGCAGCAGCCUGUCCUAGGGCUCAGGAAGAGGCAGACCCGGCCCCUGGCCCUGAACCACCAGCACAGUGUGGGGUCGCAGGCAGUGAUGGCCUGGCAUUUGUGGGGCCCCACUUCUCCAGCCUAGCCGCUGGGGACCCCAGUUUGGGCUGAGGAUGGAAUUCUGAGUCUGGUUUGGCCCUGAUGCCUGCUGGAAGUUGCUGCCCUGGUUUUUCACCCUUUAGUGGCCUUUGGACAUUGAGUAUUUGUAGAAAUGCAGAUUAUAUUGCAAAUGGAACUCUCUGCUAGGAAAACAUGGAUUUUGCUUUUCAUUCUUUCAGGCAGUUGAUUUUGUCUUAGGAACUGAAUUUCCAGCAUCAAAGAAAUACAUAUCUACUGUAUCCGCCAAAGUUUGUGAUGCCUGCAUAGACGCUUACUUGUUAAAAAAAAAAAAAAAAAAAGUACAAAAACUAACAACAACAAAAAAAAACCACACACAAUUGAAUUGCCUUUGAAAGUGGGAGAUGGCCUGUCUCCAACAGAUGGGAAAAAAUGCUUCUUAAAAAUGUGUAUGUUUUGUAUUCUUUUUUUCUAGUAGAAAAUAACUGACUUGAAAUACUGGUGGUUUUUGUUUUUGUUUUUUUUUUCUUAGUGAUGUGUGUUGAUUUUGUGUGUAAUACUAUUUGAAUGUAAUUACA